ACGAUGAUGGAAACAAUGAAGAAAAAACUGCUCAGCAACAAAGUUCUUAUCGUGUUUGUUCUCUUCUGCGGCUACCUUACGCCAGUACUGCAUGGACAGUAUGUCACAAAUCAUUUUAAUGCAGAGAUUCAGCAGGAUGAGUCAGAGAACAGGACUCUCAAUGUGUCGAUGCAAACAUACUACUCGGUGGAGGUGAACCACACAACCUCAGUGGACUUACAGACAAAUGACAGUGUGGCUGAUCUCUUCACUUCUUUGGAUGAUCUCACUGAAACAACCAUUCAUGAUCAAGCGUUUGUUGAGAACUGGCUGUAUUUGAAGCUUCUGCCUCUUUUGUCUUAUAUAAAUGAGGAGUUUGUGACACAACUGAGCUGGAUGAACAUCACCUGUGGGGCUUUCCAAGUCAUUGUGGAAGUUCUCAGCAGCGAGGAAUCGCUUAUCACAGACAGGCAGCAGAAGCUGAUCUACAUGCAUCUCAUUUACUCUUACCUGUCCAGAACAGAUACAGCAGAUCCAGGUUGCCAUACAAACAUCACUAAUCACCAUGAAUGGAUGCAGAGGAAUUUUGGGAUCUUCUCUAAAUAUGCAUCUCUCAGUCAACUGCAAACACUCAACAGCCAUUUCACUGAGUUUGAUUUGUUAGGGUUAUUGAGUCCAUCUCAACUAGCAGAGUUGACUGUGACCUCUGGAGCACUGAACAGUGUGAAUAUGAUCAACAUCAUUUUUGACCGUCUAGAAAGUGAUGCUUUCCAGAGCACUGAUGAGUUUUUCUUGACACUAAUUCAAUAUGAGGAUUUGGACAUCAAUCCUGUGGUGAGGGACAUCAUGAUGAAUCGAACCUUCACCAUCAUCAGUCUUCACUUUGCCGACUUCCUGAGCCACGACUGGCUUUCCUGGUUCACGGUGAAACUGGUUCCUCUCCUCCCCAGCUUGACUGCAGAGAUGCUCCACACAGUAACAUCAAACACAGACUGCAACGCAUACCACGUCAUCGUUGUGGCUCUGAGCAGCGUCUUUGACCAGAUGACUUCGCUGAGACAGCAGGAGCUCGCCCCAGUCCUGUUGGGCUACCUGAAGCAGAGACACGCCUCGGGCUCACCUUGUGGGUCCGACACAAGCAGCCUCAGUGCUUGGUUUGAGGAGAGCUUUGGCAAAUUCUCCAUCUAUGUGGAUUACAACGACCUCCGUGAGAUCAAUGCCGGCUUCGACAGCUUUGAGUCUUUGGACCUUCUGAGCGCUUCUCAAGUUGCUCAGCUGACACUACACUCUGGAGCGCUGAACAACGCACACCUGAUAGAAAUGGUCUUUGACCGUCUAGAGGGCGGCAACUCUUUCCAGGAUAUCGAAGAAUUCUUGGAGGCUCUCUCCCGGACCUCACAGGAUUUGGACAUCAAUCCUGUGGUGAGGGAUAUCAUGAUGAAUCGAACCUUCACCAUCAUCAGUCUUCACUUUGCCGACUUCCUGAGCCACGACUGGCUUUCCUGGUUCACGGUGAAACUGGUUCCUCUCCUCCCCAGCUUGACUGCAGAGAUGCUCCACACAGUAACAUCAAACACAGACUGCAACGCAUACCACGUCAUCGUUGUGGCUCUGAGCAGCGUCUUUGACCAGAUGGCUUCGCUGAGACAGCAGGAGCUCGCCCCAGUCCUGUUGGGCUACCUGAAGCAGAGACACGCCUCGGGCUCACCUUGUGGGUCCGACACAAGCAGCCUCAGUGCUUGGUUUGAGGAGAGCUUUGGCAAAUUCUCCAUCUAUGUGGAUUACAACGACCUCCGUGAGAUCAAUGCCGGCUUCGACAGCUUUGAGUCUUUGGACCUUCUGAGCGCUUCUCAAGUUGCUCAGCUGACACUACACUCUGGAGCGCUGAACAACGCACACCUGAUAGAAAUGGUCUUUGACCGUCUAGAGGGCGGCAACUCUUUCCAGGAUAUCGAAGAGUUCUUGGAGGCUCUCUCCCGGACCUCACAGGAUUUGGACAUCAAUCCUGUGGUGAGGGACAUCAUGAUGAAUCGAACCUUCACCAUCAUCAGUCUUCACUUUGCCGACUUCCUGAGCCACGACUGGCUUUCCUGGUUCACGGUGAUUGAACUGGUUCCUCUCCUCCCCAGCUUGACUGCAGAGAUGCUCCACACAGUAACAUCAAACACAGACUGCAACGCAUACCACGUCAUCGUUGUGGCUCUGAGCAGCGUCUUUGACCAGAUGACUUCGCUGAGAAAGCAGGAGCUCGCCCCAGUCCUGUUGGGCUACCUGAAGCAGAGACACGCCUCGGGCUCACCUUGUGGGUCCGACACAAGCAGCCUCAGUGCUUGGUUUGAGGAGAGCUUUGGCAAAUUCUCCAUCUAUGUGGAUUACAACGACCUCCGUGAGAUCAAUGCCGGCUUCGACAGCUUUGAGUCUUUGGACCUUCUGAGCGCUUCUCAAGUUGCUCAGCUGACACUACACUCUGGAGCGCUGAACAACGCACAAGCCUGA